ACUGGCAUUCCUGCAUUAAAUGAGGAGUACCAUGUAUGAAUGUUAUCCCUAGACAACUGCUGGAGGGUUUACCAGAGCAGCAGGCAGUGGAGACCCACAGAGCUGGGCCAGCAGGACACGUGGCUCUGCUGCUAAUAUGAGUAAAACUGGUCCACAUUGGAGCUAAAACCCAAACGCUGUGCUACAUAUAGCUCUGUAGUCUCGUCCUCCACUCCUGCUAGCACAUCCUGUCAUGCUAUUGCUAAUGCUAUGGAAACCACAGCCCAAAGCCAGCCAAAGCCUUCCUCCUCUGAAAACGCCCUGACAAAACCACAAAGUCCCUCUGCCUCACACUAAGAUACAACCUGUUAAAGAAACAACACCUUUCCUCUUCUGAAAACGCAACUACACAAGCAGUCCACAUCAUCUCCGCCACCACCUCAGCUCAUCUGACCCUUCCAACAAUCGUGGAGAAGCUUGGUACGUACGGAUCUAGACUGGCGUUAUAAGGCAGCAGGUUUGUAGAGUUUAACUGUGUUUCUGAAUUUUCUGCCUAAUUUCUUCUAUUUUAUCACUAAAGGAAUUCAUAAAAUCAUUUGCUAUAGGCUGAUGGCAUCUGGGGUUCAGUAACUGUUUGGUUCUUAGUUAUUUUAGAAAUUGUGCUAAGUAAUAAUUUAGGAUUAUUCUUAUUGUUUUCUCUGAGGAUUAGAGACGGGCUGAGCGUGCUGUAGCAAGUGCCCUUCUCUAGUUUAUAAGGCUAUAAUCCCUCCAGGCGCACUGGAACACUUCUAGUUCAGAAGGCACCAUUUUCGCUUUAGUUGUCUGACAGACUGUUUCAAAGCUCGAGUGUGGGCAUUAUACCAUUCGGCACCUUAUUCUGCCUUAUUAUUUUACUUUUUAAUGAUUGGUGCAGACAAGCAUCAUCCUCGAAUAUCUACGGUUAGCUAGCAGGGUCCCUCUAAUGUCCAGCACCCUGGCUCCCGAUAUACAGUUAACAGCUACUGGCGGCCCUAAGGCAGAAGCUGCUUUCCUGUGCCAUAAAAUAGGACCACCUAAUGACGAGGGCUCUUUAAACAAGCGUCUCAGAGGGUCUCACUGCGUGAGGCAAACCUGUUGGACACGUGAAUGGGAGAUGAGUGGUGAUGCCGUGGCGUAACUUUAGAUUUGUGGCUCUGCUGCCGAGACGCCACCUAAUUGCCGUGCUGCCAGGCCUCUGCUGCCAGAGUUGAGGGCAUGCCAGCUCUACCUGAGACACCUGGAGCUUCUAACAGCGAGUCUGAGACCUGCGGACCAGCCCUGCUCUUUUCUAACAUCCGGACGCACCUCUAACUGCAUAAUCCUCUCUGUUAAACAUGAAACUAACUUACGCUUCUCACAAACAAAGCUAGAAACACUGCUGUUACUAGUGAUGGAGAAGCAUAGCUGAACACGGUGCACUCAGAGCAAAGCAACAGCUCGUCUGCCACACUGACACUCGUGCCGUUUUGUGGGCUAAAUUGAGUCCUGUCCAGGGGUCUCGUGAAUCUGAUGAGAGAAGAAGUGACUUUCGAAGGUCGUUGGUAAUUAAUUGCAGGCAAUAUGCGCAAAAGACUUCUUUCCCCUUUAUUGCUUCAUCACUCUUCUGUUGACUGGCCAUCAAUCAAACCUUUGCAAGUGUGAACUUGGCAGAUGUGACUACUUGUUAAGUAGGUUUGCUCUACGGCUGUACGAGUGAAUUCUGCCCUGCGUUCAGGUCUGAUUACAUUUACACAGAACACACUAGCACACAAACUGCAACGUCAAUGGCAUUAUUUCCUCUUUAGUGAGCCACACUGAUGUUUUAAGUUAAAUUAAAUAAAAAAUCAACAAUAAUAAUAAUAAUAAUAAUAAUAAUGAUAAUACAAGUUAUAAAGUUACAUUGAAAAUUUCCACAUUCAAAUUAAAACUUUUCACAUCCUGCAGUCUUCUACAUUCUCGAAGACUAGAAGUGCACUGUAUCAGAUGCCCUAUUUCCAAAUUACUGAGAAAGGGUGAGGUACAUGCUUCACAUAUUUCUCAAAUCAGGUGGGCCAUUUAAAGUAUAAUGUUACACAUCCCUCCAGCUAGAAUCCUCUGAGACGUCACCUGAUCUCCCCUCGUUCUCCAAUCAGCACUCCUGAAGUACUGCUUCUCUUGUAGAACUACUGCAGUCAUCAAGUCCUCGUUCAGGGCAAACUUCUCCAGUGUGCAUUUGUGUGGUUGCCGUUUUCGUGUUUGGACUGGUUUUCUGGAUUUCUCGUUUUCCCCUUUUGUCUUUGCCCUCCUAACCCCACCUGGUUACGGUUGCCAUUCUGUACCUUUUUGCUGAUUGGAUCUGGACCACGCCUGUUUACUGACCACUUGGAUAGCCUCAUCCUUUGGUCUUUACCUGGCCCUUUCUUUCGGUGUCAUUACAUAUAAAAACGCAACAGUGAGAAAACAGCACUGAACAUCUGUAAGAAGCGCAGUCCUCACAGCUCUACAGGAAAACACAGAAACCCCCCUGACUUUAAACACAAUGGCUAACAGCAAAGAGGCUAUGCCAGUCACCUCUGUAUGGAGCUCAGGGUUCGUUGAGGAGCUCCUCCCAUCGUCUCAGCAGGUCUCCCUGCUGUACCACAUCUCCUACCUGUGUCUGGCGAAAUUCCCCAAAUUGGAGAUGCUGCUCCAGAUGCGAGCCCUGGAGAUCCAACUUCUCUUCGGAUCCUCUGAAGCUGUUCUGCUGAAGUGUGUGGGCACCAGUCAGUUGGUUUCGUCACUGUUUGCAAUGCUGAUUCGCACUGUUGAGAAAAAUAACCCAGUACUGGCUAUAAAGUACCUGGAGAAAGCAAGAACGUGGAUCACUGAAAUUAUCCGUGAUGUGGAAAAGAUGGUGGACAGGUACGACACACACAAGAAAGAUGUGGCUACGACUACCCGUGACGUCAUCACCGAAAACAGUACCAUCCCUGAACCAACCCACCUUGGAGAAGUCCAGUAUUUUCUGAGUAAAAUCCAGAAGAUUCUUGUUCAGCUUCAGGGCUUUUGGGAAAACGUCUACAUGUUGCUGGGCAACAUCAAAGACAAGACCUUUGUUGAUGAAGAUCUCAUUGAAGAACCCGAGUUUAAGGACCUAUUUGUGAUGUCUAUCCAGGCAGCCUCAAAGGUUUGGGAAGGGUUUGGUCUCUCCUGUGGGAAAGCUGUUCAGAUAUUCAGAGUGCAGUCCAAGGACGCCUACAGUUUCCUGGAGAUCGACCCGUCCUCCCUUUCCAAAGACGUGUGGCAGAAGGAAUACGACAGCGUGAAAGAGAAGCUGCAGGAGCUGAAGAUCACUGUUGACCCGCCAUCAACACCAGCCAUCCAAAACUGAUGAUGUCACUUCUUUGGUGCAUUUAUUUCUGAGGCUAUCAGAUGAGCUCGUCAGUUGGGAUUAGUAGUCGGCUCACUGUAAAACUUGCUAUAUAAAAGCACAAAGGAAUCUAAUCACUGCUUUGACUCACUUCUAUAUGCAUCUUCUGAGCAUGCUCAGCUUUUAUUGUUUGGGCGGCUUGAUUCUGCAUUUCUUUCACCCCAUUAACCUCAACUGUGUUAAAUCUUGAGUGUUAAUCUGUUCUAAUGAGGACCCACUGAGAGAGACUGUGUCCCGUCGACACUCUCCAGUGUUUAUUAUCGAUAUAUUGAUUCUCUGUGGUUAAAUAUGUAUCCAUUGAUUAGCUAUAUGAUCUAAUGGCAUAACCAUCUAUAAUCUGAUGUGACUUUUAAACUUAGAUGUGCUGGGACCAAGUAUGCAGCCCAGUGUUAAACGGGACAAAACCACCACCUGGUAUUUAACAUGCCAAGAAUGGUUUUUAACCCCUUCCCAAAGAACAGCCUGGGAGCUUUGUGUUAAAUCACGAUCAAUGGUUGUGCUAAAAGAACGGCGCAUGCUCUCUUUGACCAAUGUCCAGAUAUGUCCAGAUCAGUUCAUGCAAAUGGAAACAAGCGAACCACGCCCGAGUCUCUCUGACUUAUGUCUUGUUUCUUUGUUUUACUCUUUACUUUCCUUUCCCUUCUACUGCAGUUCCUUUUGAACAUUUAAUCAAUUAUUUUUGCAUGAUUGGUCCUUUUUCUCUACAGCAUCAAAAUAACCUGUUUUUGUCUGAAUUCUCUGAAUAAAUCUGGCAAAGACA